UUCUUCGCCCAUUGCCUUCUUGUGGCGUCGGUUUCAAUUUGCUUGUUUUCAAUUGUUGGCUUAAAUUCGGCUCCAAAAUGAACCGCCGCAACAAGCGCACAUCCUAUUACCAGUACGAGGUGUAUCUGGACUUCAUGGAGGACAAUCCCCUGAUGUCGGCCAACAAAUUGGGGCGCACGCAGGAUGGUAGGAAGUGGAAAGAGCUCAGCGAUCAGCUGAACAAGUGCACAGUGGGUCCUACUUUGGCCCCAGAAGAAUGGCGAAAGCGCCUCAACGACUGGAAGAACAGUACACGCGCCAAGUACCGCCGCAGCCAGAGUUCAGAUGAUAAGAGCAAUAGUUUGAAUACCCUGGAAACUAGAGCUCUGCAGAUAUUCUCCGCCGAAUCGGUAUAUCGCGAGGUUCCAGUUGCCCCGGGCUUUAAGGAACUGGUGGAGGACCAUGAGGAACCGGAAGAAUCAGAUCAGGAGGAGCAAGAGGAAUUGGAGGAGGAGGAGGAGGACGAAGAGUACGAGUAUGUAGCACCUCGGGAGCUUCCUUCCCGAACGGUCAUCAAUGGUCACAGUUCCGGCAAACAGCUGCGUCUGCAAGGUAACGCGCAGAUCAUCUAUCAAGGUGCGUUCUUUCCGAAUUCCAGUAGAAUUCAAUGUAUUAUAUGUAUAUCUCUUAUUUUAGUAACGAACAUCGCACCAGCAGCUCAAUCCGCACCGAAGGAACCUGCCGCCUCAUACGGCAAGAAAAUCGAGCAGCAGUUGAAACGCAUAUCGGACAUUCAGGAGGCAUCGUUGCACUUCAAGAUAGCCCGCUUCAAGUACAAUAAUCCUGGAUUCGAAUAUGUGCCGUAACUUCACCUAGCUAAAAUCGUACUUAUAAUCGUGUACAUUGUAGUAUGUAAGCAUCGAGGGACCUGUUAAUUCGGCUAUGAAUUAAAAGUUCAAAAUUGA